AUGCAUCAACGAGACGCGGGCGAUAUCGCCAAUAAGGAUCACGUACACUGGUUGGAACCGCAGCACCACCACCACAAGGUGCACGAGAGCCGCGUGGCGAUGGGCGAUUUCCCGGAACUUCCAUUUCUGGACGAAAUACUCGAGCACUACGACCGCCGCGCUUGGCCCACCUUCGGAACGCCACUGCCAACUGAAGUAACCGUCUUCCUCGAUGUAUAUGACAUGGGACCCCUCAAUUCGGCAAGCAUGACGUCCCUCUCACAGGAUUACGACCUCGACGUGUACCUGCAGCAGUCGUGGUACGACCCCCGGCUGAGCCUGCUCCGUUUCGGCAUCAACGAAACGGUGAUGCUGAGCGGCGAGGCCAUCACGGCGCUCAUCUGGAAGCCCGACCUUUACUUCGCCAACGCCAAGCGGGCCACCGUGCACGACGUCACGGCGACGAACGAGUUAGUCCGGAUAACUCCUGGUGGCUACGUUCUCUACGGGGUGAGGGUGCGCCUGAAGCUCUCCUGCCUUAUGUAUUUUCACCUAUUUCCCCUGGACAGACAAAAGUGCUUCAUUGUUAUUAGACCGUAUGCACAAAGAAACGAUCAAACAAGAAUAUCUUGGGCACGUGACAAGCCCAUUUCUCUGGAGUUUGAGAUACAAAUGGAGGAAUUUGACCUAGUUGGCUUCUACACAGGGGAGUUUACUGAGCGGCGACAGAUAGGCACAUUCAGCACCCUGAACGUGACGUUCCUUCUGCACCGCCGAAUCGAGUUCCACCUGAUACAAAGCUACUUCCCCACCUGUCUGGCUGUGUUCAUCUCGUGGGUGCCCUUCUACAUCACCAUGCAGCUGCCGCAAAUACGCGUGAUGAUCGGCUGCACCACAUUGCUGACCGUGGUGUCAAUCAUGUCGUCAGUCCGCACAGUCGCUCCUCGGGUCACGUACGUGAAGGCUAUCGACGUGUGGGCCACCCUGUGCAUCAUUUUCAUCUUUGCCGAGCUGGCAGAGACGACCCUCGUCAACUAUCUCAUACGCAUGAAGCUCAGGCCUCACGUCAUGCGAAGAGUGGACUUCGGCAUCGCCAACCUUCUGCACUAUGUCCGGCACGGGUACCCGACGGACGACUUCCUGUUGAAACUGGACGCUCAGAGCAAGCUGGAGCUGCACCGGAACCAGAAGAGGGCCGAGGCCAUCGACAGAGCCAGCCGUUACAUGUUUCCGCUCUGUUUCGCAUUCUUGAACCUCGUGUACUGGUUGUAUUAUACAGACCAGCGAUACGAGCGCUUCUACAUCAGUGCCAAGUAACGGCAUGCUGAUAACCACGUAUAUCUAAGCGCCGCAGCAAGCUAAUGUAGUGGAAUGUGUGGUUAUUAUACAAUAAUAGUUUAGGCAAAUCAUGGAUAAUCUUAUUUACUAUGUCAAAUAGCUCUGAAACAUGUAUAGCGUAUUCAACUGAAUCUUGCGAUGCUGCUCUGUCCUUGAACAGCAUCGAAUUUUGUAUCCGCGCAUAGUUCAGUUAAUGCGGUUGAACCAGAUUAAAACACACUUUUUUUCAUUAACAACGACAACAACAGUGUACUGGCAGUGCAAUCAACAUCGAGUAGGUGACAUCUACGGCCACAGUCGGGGUCUGUAAGUUGUU